AGAGGUCUGCCACAGAAGCACACGGGGGCUGCUGUGUGAGCGUUUGCUGCGCUCGUUUCCCCAUAUUCUGCCCGCACGCCACAGCAGAAAUAUUCCGGGGGGCGGGCAGACUUGGCAGGCGGCCUGUUUCCACACCGCCUCGCUGGCUCCCACUGUUCCGGGGCACUGAGCACCUUGUUAGGGGGCGGCGAGAGACGCUGCCCGAAGGAGCGCGGCCUGUCUCCGGACUACGUUUCCCAGCAGGCAGCGAGGAAAAGGCCAGAAGGGGCGGGCGAGGGUACAAAGCGAGCCAGCGGUACCUGUUCGCACAGGUAAGAGAACGGGGUGAGUAACAGGGGGGUCAGGCUGAGCCGAGGGGAGGAGGAGGAGGAUGAUGUCCUUCUCCAGCUCCGAGUCGGAGGAAGCCUUCGACUACUUGUUCAAGAUCAUCCUGAUCGGAGACUCCAACGUGGGGAAGACCUGCGUGGUGCACCGCUUCAAGUCGGGGCAGUACCACGAGAAGCAGCAGAACACCAUCGGGGUGGACUUCACCGUGCGCUCGCUGGAGAUCGAUGGCAGGAAGGUGAAGAUUCAGGUAUGGGACACUGCAGGCCAGGAGCGCUUCCGGACGAUAACUCAGAGUUACUAUCGCAGUGCCCAUGGUGCCAUCCUUGCCUAUGACCUUACCAAGAGGUCCACAUUUGAAUCUAUUCCUCAUUGGAUUCAUGAAAUUGAAAAAUAUGGAGCUGCUAACUUAGUCCUGAUGUUAAUUGGGAACAAAUCGGAUGUAGCGGAGAACCGCCAAGUCCUUUUUGAAGAUGCCUGUACACUGGCAGAGAAGCAUGGGCUAUUGGCUGUGUUGGAGACUUCAGCCAAAGAGGCCCAGAAUGUAGAUGAGGUGUUUACAUUGAUGGCAAAGGAGCUGAUAGCCCGCAACACCUUGCAGCUUCAUGGGGAGCAUCCUCCAAACAGCAUCUAUCUGGAUUCCAGGCCGGUGAUUGAUAGUCCAAGAACAGAGAAGUCCCAGUGCUCUUGCUGAUGAGAUGUCUCAAUCAUAAAAGCUGUGAAGGUGUGGCUGAUGAUUCCAUAUGUUUCCUGUUUGGCCUCAGACCAUCAUUAUAAUGUAUCACUACCUUGCCGUUUUGGCCUGUAACACUCUCCAGGAGAUAGGUGUUGCAAUAGUCAAAUGUGCUGGAUUGCCUUGAACAUGGCAGCUGUUGGUACUUAAGCAAAGACUAUGAGCUGAGAGGAGAAGACUAGGUGCUGCUAGCCUGAAGAGAACUGUGAAACUGCCUUUGAAUAGACUCUCUGAAUAGUCUUCUGGCUGUGCCAGAGGCUGACUGUAACCAGGUUUUGUGCUGUUUCCUUUAGGAUACACAUCCUGCUGUAGAUCAAAUUCUUUGGUCUUCAUAAAUAGCUUUACAAUGUG